CUGGAGCACUUCCGCUGGCAGCCGGCUUUACCGGGGCCCCAGGACCCCCAGGCCGAGAAUUCCUCGGAAGACCCACUCCCCGACACUGCCAGCGGCGCGCACCGCACCCCGAGGGGCCCCCUUCGACUCGGAUCCCCCGACAAUCUGGACGCCGGGGUCCGCGUUCGCUCCCGCUCCUUGGAGAGGUUGCGGGAGGCGCGCCGGGAAUCCCCUGACUGCUGGCUCUCCGCGCGCGCCAGCUCCCUGGAUUCCUUGGCGACGGCUCACGUCUGCUCACGCGACAGCACCCUGAAUUGCCCCAAGGCCUCCGAGUCUGAGGCUCCAGCAUCCUCCACAGACACCUCUGCCGCGGGAUUCCCCAAUUCCCCGCCGCCAAGGGCACACAGAAAACUUAAAGACCCGAGCGGAGAAGGCUCUGGAAAUCGGCCCCCAGAGGGUCUGACGCCCUCACUGCUGGGCCUCUGCUACCGUGCACUGGUGAAGCGGAACUCGGAGCUGAGCGAAGCGUUGCAGAAGCUGGCGCACUGCUGCUCCGAACUGCGCGAAGAGAACCUGCAGCUGCGGCGCAGUGGCGGCCCACGCGAGGAGGACGAGAAGGUGAAGCUGCUCAAGAUGAAGCACGCGGAGCUGGCUGGCCUUGCACGGCGCCUGGAGGACCGUGCCCGAAAGCUGCAGGAGACCAACCUGCGAGCGCUGAGCGCGCCGGUGCUGGGCGAGAACCGCGCGGGCAUGGAGCUGUGCCAGGCCCUGGCCCGCCAGCGCGCCAGGGACUUGUCAGAGCAGGCCAGCGCGCUGCUAGCCAAAGACCAGCAGAUCGAAGAGCUGAAGCGGGAGUGCCACCUGCUGCAGGAGCGCGUAGCCACCGGCCUCGAUAGCCCCACGCAGCCUGCAGGGGGAGUCCCUCGUGCGCAGUGGCUCAACCUCAGCGACUUGGACCGACUGCAGCGCGAAUCCCAGCGGGAAGUUCUGCGCCUGCAGAGGCAAUUGACGUUGCAGCAGGGCAAGGGAUGCGCCUGUGCGGAAGCGAGCUGCCGCAGCACACACUGCGAGGAGUCUCGACGCCGGGUGCAGGCGCUGGAGCGCGAGUUGGACGCACAGCGGCGCGAAUGCAAGGCGUUGGGUGAGCAGGCUGCGGCGGUGCGAAAGGUGGCCGCCGAGAACAGCGACGUUCGCGGGCAGCUGGGCCGCGCGUGCCAGGAGCGUGACGCCGCCGGCCUUCUGGCAGAGCAGCUGCUGCAACAGGCGGCACUCGGGCAAAAUAGGCAGCAGCAGCUGCAGCACGACCUGGAGAAAGCCCUGAGCGACCUACAGGCUGCCCGGAAGGAGAUGCAGACAUUGCAGGAUCAGCCUGUCCAUCCUCCCCAGCAACCACGGGAGGCCACCCAAGCUCCGGUGUCCCAAGCCACAGGUAGAGGAAGGCACAAGUUCCAGCCGCAGGCUGAAGACUGUGCACCAUCACGGGCAACCAAAGAACAGCUUCCUGUUUGUCCCACCCUACAGGGGAGUCCAGCUGCCCUUGGAGAACCAGGCAGCUCCCUCCUUGUGACAGACAGACUCCCUGCCAGCCAGCCUCUGGACUCCAGGCAUCAAGCUAAGAAAACCAACUCCCAAUCUACCUCCUCCUCUGAGGUGGAGCCCAUGUGGGCCACUGUGCCAUCUUGCUUUACCCUGGACGUGGACACAGCCAGUGAGGUGGAUGAUCUGGAGCCAGACAGUGUAGCCCCCUCACUGGGAGUGAGGGGCCCUGACGCACCCUCUACCUCCAAGUCCAAGAUCUUCCAGGCUAGACGUAGCUACAAUCCAUUUGAGGGCCCCAGUGAACACCCCGAGAGUGAGCUACCCCUCACAGCCGGGGACUAUGUGUAUGUCUCUGGGGACUUGGACGAGGAUGGUUUCUAUGAAGGGAAGCUUGCGAAUGGCCGGCAGGGGCUGGUGCCCUCCAACGUGUUAGGACAGCUUCCAGACGGCUCCAACCUAAGCAACCUGUCUCCCAGGUCACUUGAGUCCCCAAAUCACUUAGGCCCCACUAUACUACCUGUUGGGCAUAGCAAAGCCUCAAAGGAAGCCAGCUUAUUACUUGGGGAGGCCCGGGGAUCAGGGGAUAGAGGGCCACGCCACAUGGGAACAGAGGGCUCCAAGACAGAAAAGGCAGUAGAGAUCCAGAGAGAGACCUGCUGGCUGGAUUCAUCGCAGAGUAUUCGAGAGCAGAGCUUCUCCAUACCCACUCUGGGGACCGAAGGAUUGCCCUCUGUGGGUCCCGUGCAACUACACUUGCAGAAUGUCACAGCCACAUCUGCAGAAAUCGCCUGGGUCUGUGGCAGUAGCAGACACCCCCACGUGGUGUACCUUGAUGACCAGGAACAUGCCCUGACCCCCUCAGGUGGGAGCUGCUACACCUUUCAAGGCCUACAUCCUGGCACACAGUACCAGGCUCGGGUGGAGGUAGAGGUGGGGCUGCCUCGGGACUUGGAGCAGGAGCCCCGGGAAACAAUGUCCUCCACCAUCACCUUCAGCACACCCCUAGCAGGACCCCCAGACCCUCCGCUGGACGUGCUGGUGGAGCACCACACUUUGGCAGGCUUCCUGGUGGUCAGCUGGAUCCCUGUGACCAUUGACUCAGCUGGAUCCUCCAAUGGAGUGCGAGUCACUGGCUACGCUGUGUAUGCAGAUGGGCUCAAGGUCGCAGAGGUCACUGAUGCCACUGCUGGGAGCAUUCUGUUGGAAUUUUCCCAGCUACAGGUACCCCGGACGUGCCAGAAGGUCUCAGUGAGAACCAUGUCACUGUGCGGUGAGUCUCUGGAUUCAGUGCCAGCUCAGAUCCCUGAGGACUGCUUUACGGACCACUCUUCACCACAGACCCCUCCCUUCAGCAGCACCUGUGGUGACCCAUCCUCCGCCGGAGUCGCCUUCCCCAUCUACCGUCAGAAGAUGGCGCUGGCUUCUUUGAGUACCCAGGUGGGCCCUCUCGCGCCUGGGAGCCGUGGGGAACCUCAGGCCAAGUUUCCAGAAGUACCGUUUGAAGAACCCCUGCGGGUACACCCCGCUUUGUCCAACCUGAGCCCAGAAGAAGCCGGCAAGCAAGCCCACGGGCCCUCAGGGGCCCAGAAGGGCUGUCGAAAGGACCUGCCCUUUCAUCAGUGUCCCCAGAACCACGGGCCACUUCCGCCCAGUGGCCAGUCCGUGAUGGAGGAAAACCACUAUGGGCACAGGAGCACCAGCAGAGGCUCAUCUCCAGGAUUCAACCGUCUGUCCCCUAAGUGUGGGCUCAGGAAAGAGCCGUGUCAGGAGCAGGCUGCCCAUGAGAAGGCCCUUAGGCAAAAGCAAGAUGCCCAAGCGUCCACACCUUCCCAGCAGGGCACCAGCCAUCAGUAUGCAGCCAACUCCUGCAGCGUAUUGGAGGAGGAGGUGUGCUUGGAUCCUAGGUACACAGAGAAGCAAGAGCAGAGAGAGAAGCUCAGGCCCCCGUACAGACAAGGACAGGCUCUGGCGGUCGAGCAAGAGUGCCAGCUCCCUGAGCCCACCGCGGUGCUAGGUCCAGCUCCAUCCAGCAGAAUCAUUAAGAUGUCGUGGGGUGGCCCCCCACAGCUGGGUCCAGAGGCCAACACUCCAGCCAGGGUACGCAUGGCCCUCUUUGAUUAUAACCCCCUCGCAAGGUCUGCCAACCCUGAAGCUGCAGAGGAGGCGCUAACCUUCCAGAGAGGGCAGUUUCUGAGAGUAUGGGGCUCUCGGGACCCCCAUGGCUUCUACCAUGGCGAGUGCAGUGGACAAGUGGGCAACAUCCCUGGGCACCUGGUGGCUGAGGUGGAGGUGGGCACAGAACAGCCUGACAAGCGGUGGCACACACUGACACAAGGGCACCUGCCCUCCGUGGGCCAACUUGAGGACUCCGAGGGGCCCAGUCGGCCCCAGGAUUCCUUCUUCAGGCCCCAAAGGAACUCCAGGAGACCCACGCUGCGGACCCCAAAGACCAUGAUGGUGGCUCUGGACUAUGAUCCCGGAGAUAGGGAAGCAGGGGGCCCGGCGAAGGGAAAACUGGCUCCGAGGGCUGGGGAUGUAGUCACGGUCUACGGGCCUGUGGAUGAUAAGGGAUUCUAUUAUGGUGAAUCGGGUGGCCACAGAGGCCUGAUCCCGGCCCACCUGCUGGAGGACUUAUCUGGCCACAGAGAGUGAGCGAGGCUUGCUGCACUAGCGGUAGCCUCUGGCCGCCCACACCCUCGGAAGGAGAAGCAAGCACGUACACCCUCAUACAGCAUCCCUCCUGACCACCUCCUUAGGCAACAUUUGCUCCAGGCACCACUGUGUUCAGGUGAUGGCGUGCCAGGUGUGUUCCCAUCCUCAGAAAGCAGCAGGGAUUGAAUCUGAGUUGAGUUGUUUCCAAAAGAAAACGAAACAGGCCAAUGUCUGAGAGUUUCAGUCAAGGAUAACUAUGAUACUUAUUUAGAGAAGUGCCUUUUCCAGGGGUGAAUAUGUAUUUUCUUUAAAAGGAUAACAUUCUUUAUGCAUUACCUUGUAUGAAAAUCUCAAGAAAAGUCUGCCUCUUAAAAAAAAUCAAUGAGAAUGCUAUUU